UCAAUAUAAAAUGGCCCGACAGUGUCCGGGCAAUCAUCAUGGCCAGCGAACGAAUUGCAUUGACGAGCUACGAUAUACCCGAACAGCACAUUGAUAAGCGCUCUUUCGAGUCGCUUGAACAGAGCUUUGCCUCGUUUUGUGUCAUUUUAGCCAACUUUUCGGGCAUUGUGCUGGCACGUGUUUUAUCCGGUUGCCUCAAACGGAAAAUACUAUGCUACCUUGUGGAGUUCGCAUUGAUUGUGGUGCCCACUGUUCUCUUUGUGACCGUGGCCAGCGAUUUUAGUGUCCAUUUCGUGGCACUGAUGAUGGUCCUCCUAUUGUUGUACCUUCUACGUGCGUGUCCGCUGUCGCGCGCCAAGAGCCGGGCUCAGUUCCAGCUGGGCAGCCGGCCUUUCGUGCUUACGUUGAUGCGGUCCAUGACCCACCUGAUCACGGCAGUUUGUAUACUCGCCAUCGAUUUUGCCAGCUUCUAUCGCCCGUACCGGAAGAGUCGACUCUUUGGUGCCCAGCUCAUGGACACCGGCAUCGGUUUGUUUGUGGUGACAAUGGGCCUGGUCUCCCGGCGGCCGCGAAAUUGUUCCGAUUUGCGGCGCAAUAUUUGGCGCUCAGCGCUGCCGCUUAUUCUGCUCGGGAUUGCACGGGUCGUGGCCAUCCUGAUCGUUGGCUAUGGCCAGGACGAGCACGAGUAUGGGCGGCAUCUGAACGCCUUUUUCACGCUCGGCCUGACGAAACUAUUCGGCAGCCUCUGCAGUUUCUUGCCCCGCAGCGACACGCAGCUGUUGCCGCUGGGACUCGGUGUUCUGGCUUGUCAUCAACUAGCGCUAACUUUUGGCGGAGUAUCUGAAUACGUGAUGAACGAAGAUUUGCCGCGUUCCACUUUUGUGAGCGCCAAUCGCGAAGGUCUCUUCUCGCUGCCGGGCUUCGUGUCCAUUUACCUGUUAUCCAUAUGCCUCAGCCGAUGGCUGGUUGCCCAAAUCUCGCUCAGCUAUAGGGAAAUUGUUGGAAAACUGCGCAGUCUGUUGAUCAUGUCCGUGCUCUGCUGGCUUCUCAUGGCGGGCAGCGCCUACGCCGUGGGCAUCGCUCGCGUCACCUGCAAUUUGGGCUACGUUUCGUGGAUGAUGUUCUUGAUAACUUCAAUGCUGUGCAUAAGCAUUUUUAUCUUCCACCUGGUCAUCAAUGAUGACGCUGACACUUUGGGCGACAUUGAGAGUUUGGAGAAGAGCCCAUUGAUCGCUGCAGGAGCUGCUCAUAGCAAGGACAAAGGAGGACUCCUUGUAAUCUGCAAUUCCUUGAACAUGAAUGGCCUUGUGUUCUUUCUUUUGGCCAAUAUUUUAACGGGUGGCGUUAAUAUCUUUCUGCAGCCGGAGAAUCGCUCUGACUCCGCCUCGGUUUUUAUCCUGCUCGCUUACAUGUUGCUGGUGACAAGUGUGGCUCAUCUAUUGUAUAAGCGGGGUAUUCGCAUUGCCUAGACUAGAUUAUCUAGAUUUUGCUCUGCUGUGAUAAGGAAUUACUUACCGAAAAGUUGACAGGUCCAAUCAAAUUUUUGUUUGUUUUUAUUAUCUAUUUGGUGAUAAAGUUAUCAUGACUAAAGUCCAUAUACAAAUAAAUCAGAGUUUAUAAAAAUACGGAACAUUGAC